AUGUUACAGUGCAAGAUUCUUGCGUGGAACUGCCGGGGAAUUGUGAAUCAUGAGACACAAAGAGCUCUUGUAGACAUGGUGCAUGCAAGAAACCCUAGUUUGAUCUUUCUUGCUGAAACUCUAACACAACCCGAUCUUUUGAAUUCAAUCAAAACCCGGUUAGGUUUUGAAGGAUGUAUUUGCUAUCAAGCUGAAGAGGAAUCUCAAGGUGUUGCUUUACUUUGGAGUGCAGACAUAACAGUAAAUUUCCAAUCUUCCUCUCCUCAUCAUAUUGAUGUGGAAGUAGGAAAAAAAGGGUCGUCGGAUCUUUGGAGGUUUACGGGGCUGUAUGGUUUUGCAGCUCGUACUCAACGACAUCAAACAUGGAAUUUAAUCAGAACCCUUGCAGGGGAAGCAUGUGCGCUGCCUUGGCUUAUGGCAGGCGACUUCAACGAGAUAUUGUGCCAAUUGGACAAGUCAGGAGGUCCACCUCGGGCUGCUGGUGCCAUGGAUGAUUUUCGGGGAACUAUGAACAGCUGUGGAUUAUAUGAUAUGGGGUACUAUGGUAGCAGGUUUACCUGGUCAAAUAGAUUUACUAAAGAACGUUUAGACCGUGCAUUUCAGUCCACUCUAUGGCGUGAAAGUUUUCCAUUUUCUAGGGUUCUUACUCUUCCUCCAUCUGACUCGGAUCAUUGUCCUAUAUUGAUUGAGGUUAGUGCAGAAAGACUUCAACCUUGGCAAGCCCUAAGAAGAUUUCGUUUUGAGGAAUUGUGGCACCAGUAUCCUAAAUGUACUGAGAUUAUUAAGCAGUGUUGGGCUCAACCUCUUACUGGCAAUGCUAUUAACCAGUUAGGAGCCAAAAUCAAUAACACUGGAACUCAUUUAUGGGAAUGGCACAAGAAAGAGGUCUCUAAAAGUAAAGGUGAGAUGAGGGUGAUACAAGAAAAGAUGAAGGAUAUUAUGUCGCACCCGUAUACCCCUCAGCAAUAUGAAGAACAACGCCAACUGCAUGUUAAAUAUAGUGCUCUUCUUGCGCAAGAAGAGACCUAUUGGAGGCAGAGAUCAAAAGCUUUUUGGUUGAAAGAUGGCGACAAAAAUACUGCAUUCUUCCACCGGAAAACAUCUAAUAGAAGAAGUAAGAACCGAAUCAAAGGUUUGGUUGAUGACGCAGUAUUGGAGGCUGUUGAUGAAAGGGUGACUCCAGAUAUGAACAGCGAACUGACCAAACCUUAUGUUGAGAGUGAAAUAAAGGAUGCAUUAUUUCAAAUGCACCCUUCAAAAAGCCCUGGACUAGAUGGCAUGUCAUCGUUUUUCUUUCAGAAAUAUUGGCAUAUACUCUCAACUGAUGUGUGUUUAGGUGUGAAGACGUUUUUAGAAACGGGAGAAUUGGAGUAUUCUGCAAACUUCACUCAUUUGUGCCUCAUACCAAAAAUUCCUGAUGCCAUAGAAGCAAACCAGUAUAGACCAAUUGCUUUAUGCAAUGUUCUAUAUAGAAUUAGUUCAAAAGUAAUGGCAAAUAGAUUGAAGAAACUGCUGCCCUCCAUCAUCUCACCUUUGCAGAGUGCCUAUGUACUUGGAAGAUUAAUUUCAGACAAUACUCUUGUGGCUACUGAGGUAGCUCACUUCAUGCACAAGCUGCAUACUCAACAAGAAGGUUUCUUAUCUCUCAAGUUGGACAUAAGUAAAGCUUAUGACAAACUUGAAUGGGAUUUUUUAAGAGCAAUACUAGCAAAGAUGGGAUUUCAUGCACAGCGGAUUACUAUUAUUAUGCAAAUGUGUGGCCUCAGUUCGAUACUCUAUUUUGAUAAAUGGUCAACCUUCUGA